AUGAAAAUAACCCACGCCAUUUCCCCUGAUAGCUUCACUUUCCCGCCUUUACUCAAAGCCACUUCCAAUCUCCGACACUGCAAACUUGGUCAGUCCCUUCAUGCCCACGUUACUUCACUUGGAUUUUAUCCUCAUAGUCCCGUUCAAAUCGGGUUGCUUGACCUUUACUCUACCUGUGGGGAAAUGGAAGAUGCUAACAAGGUGUUUGAUGAAAUGCCUCGUAGAGAGGUUGUCGUUUGGAACUUGAUGAUUCAUGGGUUUUGCAAGUUGGGUAAUUUGGAAAUGGGUUUCAAGCUAUUUAAAGAGAUGAACCAACGCACUGUUGUGUCUUGGAACCUCAUGAUUUCUUGUUUAGCGCUGAGUAAGAAAGACCAGAAUGCUCUUGAGCUUUUUCGUCAAAUGUUGGAGCAAGGUUUUGAACUGGAUGACGCAACGUUGGUUACGGUACUACCCGUUUGUGCUCGCCUAGGAAAUGUUGAUGCUGGUGAGUGGAUUCACUCCUAUGCAGAUGAAAAGGGGCUACUGAGAGAAGUCGUUUCUGUGGGAAAUUCGCUUGUGGAUUUCUAUUGUAAAUGUGGUAACUUAGAAGCUGCAUGGAGUGUUUUCAAUGCGAUGACGAAUAAAAAUGUUGUUUCUUGGAAUGCAAUGAUAUCUGGUUUGGGUUAUAAUGGAAAGGGUGAACUUGGUGUUGACUUGUUUGAAGAGAUGGUGAAAGAAGGGGUGACCCCUUCUGAUUCUACUUUUGUUGGUGUUUUGGCGUGUUGUGCUCAUGUUGGUUUAGUCGAUAAAGGAAGAGAACUUUUUAAUUCUAUGACUGCAGAGUUUAAGAUGUCACCAAAACUAGAGCAUUAUGGAUGUGUUGUUGAUUUACUUGGUCGUUGUGGGCAUGUCAGGGAAGCUUAUGACUUGAUUAGAACCAUGCCCUUGAUGCCAAAUGCUGCCUUAUGGGGUGCUUUGCUUAGCGCUUGUCGCAGUUAUGGUGAUAGGGAAGUUGCUGAAAUUGCAGCGAAAGAGCUUGUUCAUCUUGAACCAAAGAAUUCUGGAAACUACGUGUUGUUGUCGAAUGUUUAUGCAGAAGAAGGGAAAUGGGAUGAAGUUGAGAAAGUUAGAGUGUUGAUGCAGGGAGGUGGCAUCAAGAAAGUUCCAGGGCAGAGUGCAACGGGAUAG